AUGGGUCUCUAUUUAAUGGCAUUGUUUACCAUAUUGACUGGAGAGAUGAGUUUCCUCUCUCUAAUUGUCCUUCCCCUACCACUUGUGGUAAGGAGAGUAAUAUACAAUCAUAUGUUUUUGCAACUAGUGAAUAGCAUGAGGUUCAGAACCAUAGCAGUUGUGGGGGGAAUGAUAGUAUCGUUAUUACUAGUGGAUUCUUGGAAACGAGCAAACAUUAAAGUUAAUCCCUAUAGUUAUGAACAAGACCAUUCUACAACACCUAUACAAAUAUUGGCUACGAGAGCAUAUAAUCAAAGAAAUGUAUAUUUGUCAGGAUUUAUUCUUUAUUUUGGAAUUUGUAUCGCUACGGUUAUGAUCAUUAUUGGUAAGAUUAUUCGCUUUGAAGAUGAAGUCAAGGAAAAGAAGGAAUUAUUGAAAGAUAUAAACCUCUUGAAGGCUGACAAACUGGAAAAGGAGAAACUUUUGAAAGAAAUAAAGAAGAAGAUUCAGCUACUUGAGUACGAAAAGAGAAAAUAG